AUGAAAGUGAAAAGCUCGACCGAGGAGGAUUCAAUCACUGAUUCGCUUUAUCUACAGAUUGUAGGAAUUUUCGGUCUAGUGGCUUUAGUUUGCGGUCAAAAUCACUACGGUGCGCACAGCGAUGUACAACACGAUGUAGCGCAUUACCACCACGACGAAGAGCAUCACGGACCGGCGCACUACGAAUAUCACUACGAUGUUCAUGAUGACCACACUGGUGAUGUGCACGGUCAGCACGAAGCGCGAAAGGAUGAUUCCACCCAUGGGGAAUACUACCUGAUCGAUGCCGAUGGUCAUAAGCGCACUGUUAAGUAUCAUGUUGAGGGCAAGAGUGGAUUUAUUGCAGAGGUUCAUCGGGAACCGAUCAAGGGUUUCCAUGACGCUCCAGCACAUCAUAAUUUCCAUCAUAAGUUUGAAGAAAAAUAUUGA